GUCAAUGCAGUCCGUUGAGUGCAGCCGGAAUUUCAGCUGUAUGUGCUGCAUAUGCCGCUCAUUUCAAGAACUUUUCUUACAUUUCUUGCAGUACUCGUACCGUAUUGCUACAUUUUACUCUGUUUAACAGAAAUGUGCAGUAAUUAAUGUCCGUGAGCGGAAAAAAUUAUUUAACUUGAAAACUGACGUUAUAUAAACAUUUAUAUUUGAGUUUUACUUUUUUGCGCUUGUACCGCUGCUUUACAGACUUGGUGACCGACUUACCGUUACGAUAUCGUAAUUUGGAUUGUAAAUCCAGAAAUCUGUGUGUCUGGGUCAACAAACCCGUCUGCAAGAUUUUAUCAAUUUUGUCAUCUAUUCUCACAUUUUUAACGCGUUUUCACUGACGGUUUCGAAAAUUCGAAAACCAUGUGUAUUGACAGUCAUUCGACACUGGAAGAUGAGAUAUUCUGGGAGCAAACCAAUUUGGUUUUGCAUUCCCUAAUGUCGGCUAACAAAACGCCUGAUGCCGAUCGAUGUACUCAGCUGCCUGUGAGCAAUCACGAAAACGAAUGGGACACUGGCUACCCAAUAGUGACAUAUGUUGGCCAAUUGGUAAAUGCCUUUCGAAGGGAAUAUCACAAUCAACUGGAAUCCAUGCUGGAGAUUUUCAAGGAGUCUUGUCAUUCAACAGUCCCGCUUCCUGGUGGAGUCGUUUCUCAGAGUGUGUUGUGCAAAAUCGGAAAAUGCAUUACUCAGCUGCUCAGUCGCGAGGCAGUUUCCUGGGGACGCAUCAUAGCAGUUUUGGCUUUGUUUUGCGAAAUACGAGUAUGUUGGCACUUUGCGAAGAGUCCACCAGCCGGCACUGAAGUGAAUAUGGAAAAAGAGUUGCUUGUUCUAUUUAGAGAUUUGAUGGUCACACAUUGUGGAGCAUGGAUUAGGAAAAACGGCGGAUGGGACGGGAUUUACUUAACUGAAAAAAUCUCCGGCGGAAUAGAGACAGGGGCGAUCGGUAACACACCAGCCAACACAAUUCGGAAAAUGAACAUGGAUAAUGUCAAAAUGCUGAGAUUCGCCGGAUUUGCUGCGCUAGGAAUGGGAAUUUGCAGUCUUGUUGGGCUGGUUGCCAUCCGGCUUUGAUCGGCUGGUUGUGUGCUAUUUUCGAAUUUUUAUUGCUUUUAUUUUUGAUGCGUAUGCUAUUUUGUAAGCGAGAUAGAUUUUGAAUAACGGAAAUAAAUGCACCUGGGAAUUAGCUUACUCUGAUGAGCUGGAAUCAGUACAACUACCUGACUUUUUUUGUUGCUAAAAAUUUGAUAUUGUUUUUAUUUGUUGCUAAAGCAAUAAAGAGUGACCUGGCAGUUUACUUCUGUUUGUCGUCAUUUGCGAUUAAAUACGGCCUAAACCCUGUGGCUAU